AGGGUAAAGCGGGACACAUUUGCCUGCUAGCCCUCUAGCGAGUGGGUGCUGUUCAGCUAGAUGUAUACACCUGAACUAGCACCUCUGUUUCUUUAUUUAGGGAGCAUUAGGUUUAAUAGUGAGACAGGAUCGUGUUGGGCUUCCACUGUAACUACAGAAAGUAUAACCUCCAGGAUUACUCUGUCUGACAAUGGCUGAAUAUUCAAAAGUGAAAUCUACCAAGCUAGUGCUGAAGGGAAUGAAAAACAAGAGUAAGAAAAAGAACAAAGACAAAAAAAGGAAAAGAGAAGAAUCUGAUGAGGACAAGAUGGAUGUAGUUGGAAAUUGGUGGACUGUUAAGAACUUUGGAGAAAUUUCUGGGACAGUGGCUAUUGAAAUGGACAAAGGAGCUUAUAUUCAUGCUUUAGAUACUGGCCUGUUUACUAUUGGAGCUCCCCAUAAAGAUGAUGAUGGACCAUCGCCUCCAGAGCAAUUCACAGCAAUCAAGUUGUCCGAUUCAAGAAUUGCACUAAAAUCUGGCUAUGGCAAAUAUCUUGGUAUCAAUUCUGAUGGCCUUGUCAUUGGGCGUUCUGAUGCCAUAGGAGCAAGAGAGCAAUGGGAACCAGUCUUUGAAAAUGGGAAAAUGGCACUUCUUGCUUCAAACAGUUGUUUUGUUGGAUGUAAUGAAGAAGGUGACUUAAUAGCACAAAGUAAAACAGCUGGUGAAGGAGAAAUGAUAAAGAUCCGCUCAUGUGUUGAGAGAGAUGGAAAAAGUGAAGAUGAAAUUCCCAAAGAAGAUAAAGGAAAUGUUAAGCAAUGUGAAAUAAACUAUGUAAAGAAAUUCCAGAGUUUCCAGGACAACAAACUCAAAGUGAGUCUGGAAGACAACAAAGAUCUAAAAAAGGCCAGAAAAGAAGGAAACUUUCACGAGACACUUCUAGACCGGAGAUCUAAACUGAAAGCAGAUCGAUACUGCAAAUGAAACAUUGUGCUUGACCUGCUGUGUGAAUAUUUCUUUCUGUUCUAUAAGUAUUUAUUGCUAUAGGUUUUGUACUAUUACAUCAUUAAAACGAUUUUUUUAACAACAAGA